CGCGAUACUAUCGAUAGGCUCGUUUCAUCGACAAACAUUUGGAUAUCUCAUUUAAAAAUUGAUGAAACAAAUUAUAAACAUUUGAAGAAUGUCACGCGUUACAAACAUUGACGAUUUGCCCGAUGUUGACAUUGAUUCUAAUGGUCGUUUUAAAUAUAUUCUCAUCAAAGUAAUUGAUGAUGAUAAAUCUAAAUUUUUAGUUCGAGGCUAUAAAUGGGCUGCUUAUCAUGCCGACAUAUUUGAUGUUGUAGCUCCUCAAGAUAGCAAAUUCAAAUAUGAAUGUGUUGGCGGUGGUCGAAUUCAACAUUCAUCUGAAAAGAAAACGAUUCAUGUUUAUGGUUAUUCUCAAGGGUUUGGGCAAGCAGAUCACAAAAUUAGCUGUGAUUUAAUAUCAAAAAAAUAUCCAGAUUAUAAGGUGACCUGGUCAAACGAAGGAUAUUAAAUAGAUAAAUAAAAAUAUUUUUAUUCAAUAAACGUCUAUUGUUGCUGUAA